GGCUCAUACUGUUUUCCAAGAGCUGAUUGCUGUUUUUAGGAAUUUUGGACCCCGACCGUCAUGUUAAGGUAAAGCAGAGGAGCUCAGUGCUGAACAUGCUAAGGAGGCUGGACAAAAUCAGGUUCAGAGGUCACAAGAGAGAUGACUUCCUCGAUCUAGCAGAGUCUCCAAAUGCCUCGGACACUGAAUGCGGAGACGAAAUACCCCUGAAGAUACCUCGGACCUCGCCCCGGGACAGUGAGGAGCUGAGGGACCCUGCUGGUCCAGGGACCCUCAUCAUGGCCACAGGAGUCCAGGACUUUAACCGAACAGAGUUUGAUCGACUGAAUGAGAUCAAAGGUCAUCUGGAAAUCGCCUUACUGGAAAAGCACUUCUUACAAGAGGAGCUCCGGAAGCUUCGAGAAGAAACCAACGCGGAGAUGCUGCGGCAGGAGCUGGACCGGGAGCGGCAGCGGCGGAUUGAGUUGGAGCAGAAGGUGCAGGAAGUGCUGAAGGCCAGAACCGAGGAGCAGACAGCUCAGCAGCCGCCAAAAGGGCAGAGCCAGGUCAACAAUGGAGCAGACCGCCGGAGCCAGGGGCUGUCCUCUCGCCUGCAGAAGUGGUUCUAUGAGAGGUUUGGGGAGUAUGUGGAGGACUUCCGGUUUCAGCCUGAAGAGAAUACUGUGGAGACGGAGGAGCCCCUCAGUGCCCGCAGGUUAACUGAAAACAUGAGACGACUAAAGCGCGGUGCCAAGCCUGUCACAAACUUUGUGAAGAACCUCUCUGCCUUAUCCGACUGGUACUCCAUCUACACAUCUGCCAUUGCCUUCACCGUGUACAUGAACGCCGUGUGGCACGGCUGGGCCAUCCCAUUAUUCUUAUUUCUAGCAAUUCUAAGGUUAUCCCUCAAUUACCUCAUCGCCAGGGGCUGGAGAAUACAAUGGAGCAUUGUGCCAGAGGUGUCUGAAGCUGUGGAACCUCCAAAGGAAGACCUGACUGUGUCUGAGAAGUUCCAGCUGGUGCUGGAUGUCGCCCAGAAAGCCCAGAACCUCUUUGGCAAGAUGGCUGACAUCUUGGAAAAGAUUAAGAACUUGUUCAUGUGGGUCCAGCCUGAGAUCACGCAGAAGCUGUACGUGGCACUCUGGGCUGCCUUUCUGGCCUCCUGCUUCUUCCCCUACCGCCUGGUGGGGCUUGCUGUGGGGCUCUAUGCUGGCAUCAAGUUUUUCCUCAUCGAUUUCAUCUUUAAACGCUGCCCGAGACUACGAGCCAAGUACGACACACCCUACAUCAUCUGGAAGAGCCUCCCCACGGACCCCCAGCUCAAGGAGCGCUCCAGUGCCGCCGUGUCGCGCAGGCUUCAGACGACCUCGUCACGCAGUUAUGUGUCCAGCACGCCGGCCGGCCUGAGUAAAGAGGAAGACGCCGGCCGCUUCCACAGCACCAAGAAGGGCAAUUUCCAUGAAAUCUUUAACCUGACAGAAAAUGAACGUCCUCUGGCAGUGUGUGAGAAUGGCUGGCGCUGCUGCCUGAUAAACAGGGACCGGAAGAUGCCAACAGACUAUAUCAGGAAUGGGGUGCUGUACGUGACGGAGAAUUACUUGUGCUUCGAAAGCUCCAAAUCUGGGUCUUCAAAGAGGAACAAAGUCAUCAAGUUGGUGGACAUCACAGACAUCCAGAAGUACAAGGUCUUGUCUGUCCUCCCGGGCUCAGGCAUGGGGAUUGCCGUGUCAACACCAUCAACCCAGAAACCGCUCGUGUUUGGUGCCAUGGUGCACAGAGAUGAGGCCUUCGAGACCAUUUUCAGCCAGUACAUGAAAAUCACAUCAGCAGCAGCAUCCGGUGGUGAUAGCUAGUAUUGACUUUCCCAGGACAUUGCUGGAAUUUUUUUUUUUUUUUUAACAAUUUGGUAGUGGAAAAAUUUGGACAUCCUCAUGAUCUUUUGCAAUAAUCCUCCUCGACCUGUGGUUUCUAUUGUGUUGACCCCUGCGUUUUACACACCACAAAGGGGUGGGGCUC